UGUUGUAGGAGCAGCUUGUCUGGACUGAUUCACAACUGCUUACAACAAAUGAAGUACUACGUUGUUUCACUAUCAGUAAUACUUCUGCUUUUGGCUUGGUAUAUACAGGAGGAUCCACAAACUCCAAUCAAUAUGGAAAUUAAGAACAUAGCUUCUAAUUUGGUCAAGAACGUGGCCACCGGAGAGUCGGUGGCGAUGUCCAGUGUUUGGGAAAAGCAGACUUCAGUGAUCAUCUUUUUUCGGCGCUGGGGCUGCGUGUUUUGCCGACUUUGGGCCCACGACCUGAAGCAAAUAAGCCCACUGCUCAAGGAAAACAAUGUGCGGCUAGUGGGAGUUGGUCCUGAGAACAUUGGCGUCGAAGACUUUGUUGCUGGAAAAUUCUUUGAUGGUGAAUUGUUCAUCGACACUGAUAAAAAGUCAUACUCUGGACUUGGGUUCAAAAGGUUCAACUGGAUCAGCGUAAUUGUGGCUCUUUUUACCCGGGAAUCGCGAGAUGCUAUCAGCAGAGGUAAAGCAGCUAAUGUUGGAGGAGACAUGAAAGGCGACGGCCUCCAGAAUGGAGGCGCCUUGAUUGUUGGUCCAGGCGGAAAGUUGCUCUUCAGCUUCAAGCAAGACGGUCCGGCCGAACAAGUGCCAAACAGCAAAAUUUUGGAGGUGCUUGGGAUCAAGGUCCCUGAGGGCAUGAAUGUCGAUCAAAAGAGCCAACCAGAUGCACAGUGUGACUUGCCAAAGAAGGGUUAAUAAUACCCCUCAUUCGUGACUUGAUUUUGCAAGACUGAAUGCAAUACAGUUUAUUUGGGAAGGUUAUUUACUCUGUGCAACAGCUAUUCCUUCAUUUUCUAAUUUGUUAUAUAAUUGUACUCUUAUUAUCAGUGUACAUCAAUGUUGAUUUUUUCACAAUUAAUAAAAAUAUAAAAUUUGUUGGUAUAGCCAAAUCUA